AUGAAUACUUGCAAUUUGAAUUGCAAUGGUGGUGGCAAUAUUCUUCUCAAAAAUAUCUCACAAAUUGUUCAAAUUGUUGAUGAUGAUAAAUGUGUGUUGGAAGAUAAAAAUUCAAAUUUGUCAAUUUUUUGUGAAGAUGGAAAGAUUAAUAAAAUUUUUCUUGGUGAAAAGACUGCUAAUUGUACGAAAAUUAUUCAAGAGAAACUUAGGAAUUGCCAAAUUGUUGAUUGUCAUGGUGGAUGUGUACUUCCAGGCUUUGUUGAUGCCCAUACACAUCCUGUAUUUGCUGGCGAUAGAGUUGAUGAAUUUGCAAUGAAAUUGGAUGGAGCUACUUAUAUGGAGGUUCAAGCUGCUGGUGGUGGUAUACAUUUUACAACAGAAAAAACUAAAGAGGCUAGUGAAGAUGAAUUGCUGUCUAGUUUUUUGGAGAUUGCCAAAGAAAUGUCAAAAUGUGGAACAACAUUAAUUGAAGCAAAAAGUGGUUAUGGAUUAACUACAGAAAGUGAAAUAAAAAUUUUGCAAGUUUUUGAAAAUGCUCUGAAUUGUCAAAAUUUUCCUUUGGAAAUUUCUUCAACAUUUUGUGGAGCCCAUGCAAUUCCAAAAAAUAAGACAGAAGAGGAACAAACAAAAAUAAUUAUUAAUGAAAUGAUUCCAGUAUUAAUUAAAUUGAAAGAAAGUGGAAAACUUGAAUGUCUUGAAAAUGUUGAUGUUUUUUGUGAAAAGAAUGUUUUUGAAUUGGAAAGCAGGUUUAAUUUUUUAAAAAUUAAUUUUUAAUUUUAAAUGACGGGAUUUCGACCCUUGAGCUUUAUUUCGAUUUUUGGUAGUGAAUUUGACGGUUCCUUCUUUUUUCAAAAAUCUUCGGAUAUUCUUAACUUUUCUUGAUUUCCUCGGGGUUUGACUCUCUUUCGAACCGACAACCCUAUAUGGGAGUAUUUCUGAAAUUUUUCUGUC